GGGGGCCCUUGGCGUCCGCCGCCCGAGCCUCGCCGAGCCUCGCCGCCCGUCCCCGCUGCCGCCGCGCCGAGCUCCGGAGCGGGAGGCGCCCCCGGGCCGCACCAUGACGGAGACCACCAAGACGCACGUGAUCCUGCUGGCCUGCGGCAGCUUCAACCCCAUCACCAAGGGCCACAUCCACAUGUUCGAACGAGCCAGGGAUUAUCUGCACAAAACCGGGCGAUUUAUCGUGAUAGGGGGGAUCGUGUCCCCUGUCCACGACUCCUAUGGAAAGCAGGGCCUCGUGUCCAGCAGGCACCGUCUGAUCAUGUGCCAACUGGCUGUGCAGAACUCUGAUUGGAUCAGGGUGGACCCCUGGGAGUGUUACCAGGACACAUGGCAGACCACUUGCAGUGUGCUGGAGCACCACCGAGACCUCAUGAAGCGGGUGACUGGCUGCAUCCUCUCCAAUGUCAACACCCCCUCUGUUACACCCGUGAUUGGGCAGCCUCCUAAUGAGACCCCCCAGCCCAUCUACCAGAACAACAACGUGCCCCCCAAGCCCACUGCAGCCAAGAUUCUGGGGAAAGUUGGGGAGAGCCUGAGCCGCAUCUGCUGUGUGAGACCCCCCGUGGAGCGCUUUACCUUUGUAGAUGAAAAUGCGAACCUGGGUACUGUGAUGCGGUAUGAGGAGAUUGAGCUGCGAAUCCUGCUGCUGUGUGGGAGUGACCUUCUAGAGUCUUUCUGCAUCCCAGGACUCUGGAAUGAGGCUGAUAUGGAGGUGAUCGUAGGGGACUUUGGGAUUGUGGUGGUUCCCCGAGAUGCAGCAGACACAGAUCGGAUCAUGAAUCACUCCUCAAUACUCCGCAAGUACAAAAACAACAUCAUGGUGGUGAAGGAUGACAUCAAUCAUCCCAUGUCUGUGGUCAGCUCAACCAAGAGCAGGCUGGCCCUGCAGCAUGGGGAUGGCCACGUCGUAGACUACCUGGCCCAGCCAGUCAUCGACUACAUUCUCAAGAGCCAGCUGUACAUUACCGCCUCUGGCUAGAGCCUGCUGGCCUCUGCUCGCUACUCCUCCCGUCUGUCUCCUCUUGGACUGUGCUCCAGCCCCUGUGCAGCUGCCCCAGGCCUCUCCUCAUACUCCAUUCUCUGGGCUUGGGCUCGGGCUCAAGUGGGAGCCGGUGUUAAAGCCCUCAGACAUAUGUUGCGUCUGUCCCCAGCAUGCUCCUGAGAGCAGCUCUGGCACAUGCCCUGGGGCACUGGGGGUGGGGCUCCAGCCUCUUCCCAGCAUGUCCAGGGAUGGCAGUGCCAGCAUCUCCUCUCAGCAUGCCCUGGGGAGUGGCUUCUGUCAGCCUUCCCAGCAUGCCCUGGAAGGUAGCACUGGCCCUGUCCUCCCAGCACGCCCGGGGGUGGCUCUGGCCCUGUCCUCCCAGCAUGACCUGGGGUGGCAGCUCCAGCCAGUUCUCCCAGCAUCUUCUGGGAGUUCUGGCUCUCCCCUCCCAGCAUGCCCUGGGGAGGCGCCCGGCAUCCCUUCCAGUAGACCCUUGCUCACAAAGGGCUACGCCCCUUCAUCGUCCCCUCCUCCUGCCUUUCAAGUUAAAUUUCUUUUUCUUUUUAAAUUUUUUCAGUGGUGGUGUCACUCCUCCUAUAACGGGUGAAUUCUGUGUCCUUGG